AUGAGGUUGGCAGACGCCAUCACCCCGUGUGACGAUGGGCUGCAGACCCAGGAAGCUGUCUUUCCCUUGAGCCGGCUGAGCAUGCAGCCCGCGAACUCCGGGCAACCCUUGAGUCUUCCCCGGGAUGACCAGGUGUACAGAGCCCCUGAGGGCGGAAUUAUAGCCCUGGAGGGGGCCUUGGCCUCAGUACCUUCCAUAGCGGUGCUGGGCGUCCCAUUCUGCCCACACACCUCCGUCCAAGCGGCCCAGGUGGUCUCCAUUCACCCCAGCCUCGAGGUCUGCACUUCAGCCUUUGCCCUUCGGAGCAGAGCCUGCGGGGGAGACACGGGCCUGGAUGUGGAGACCUUGAGAGGAUGUUUUACCCAGACACAGAGCAAAGUUAUUAGCUAUGAAGAAUGCAUCACACAGAUUUAUUUUCUCACAUUCUUUGCAGUGUUGGACAUCUUUCGCCUGACAGUGAUGGCCUGUGACGACUUUGUGGCCAUCUGUCACCCCCUGCACUACACAGUCAUCAUGAACCCCUGGUACUGUGGACCGCUGGUACUGAUGUCCUGGAUCAUGAGUGUCCUGAAUUCCUUGUUACAAAGCUUAACAACAUGACGACUGUCCUUCUGCACAAACUUUGAAAUCCCCCACUUUUUCUGUGAACUCAAUCAGAUGAUCCAACUUGGCUGUUCUGACACCUUUCUUAAUAACAUAGUGAUGUAUUUUGCAGCCGUCCUGCUAGGUGGUGGCCCUUUUUUUUGGGUAUUUUUUUGUUCAUCUUCCAAAAUAAUUUCCUCCAUAUGUGGAAUUUCAUCAGCUCAGGGGAAGUAUAAAGCAUUUUCCACCUGUUCUGCACAGCUGACGGUGCUCUCAUCUUUCUGGAAUGUGUGCCUGUGUUUCCACCAGGCCGUGGACCAGCCGGCGGAGUCUGGGACCUGCUCCGGGGUUGUACCAGCUCAGCCACCCUGGACGCUCUCCAGGCCCUGGUUUCUUCGCCUCCCGGCCCCCCUGCUCUGA